UUCUCUCUCUUCUUCUCCUUUUUUCUUUCUUCUUCUUUCCAUUUUCCUCACACCCACAGGCCACCUUUCUCUUCCCUCUCUCUAUUUCUCUUCUCUCUCCACACCAUCAUACCCACGACGGCGGCCCUUCUCCGCACCGACGACUCCACUGUCGGCCGACAGUCCUUUCCGAAACCGGCGGUCCCGCCUCCGGCCAUAUCUUAUCUCUCUCUUUUUCACACCAUACCCACGGCUCCCAUGUCAUCACCCCACUGUGAGCACCGCCAUCACCAUCCAUUGUGAAGUUCACCACAAGUGGCUAUUUUCGCUUCAACGUCGGUGGCACUGACGCCAUCUCUCCACUACGACACCCAUUCUUUCCCCUAUCAUUUCAAAAGCGAACCACGUGGUGUAAGUUACGAUAUAGCAUCAGCAUUCCCUGUUAUUCACCGGAGUUUGUAGGGCGUGGAGAGAGACGGAAGUGAUGCAAACGCUUCACAUGAACGCCGGAUCUGGGGAGACCAGUUAUGCAAAGAACUCGUGGGUUCAGAGCAACAUUAUAUCUGCUGGGAAGCGCAUAACUGAGGAAGCUAUACUAGACAUGUUGAGCAACCACUUGUCUGCAGACAGCAUAGGCAUUGGGGAUUUGGGAUGCUCAUCUGGACCCAACACCUUAUUGGUGAUAUCAGAGAUAUUGAACGUCAUAUAUGCCAAAUGGUGCCUGCAGGGCUGUGGUUCAUCACCGGAGUUUAGGGUGUACUUGAAUGAUCUUACCACCAAUGACUUCAAUAAUGUAUUUGGCUCACUCCCAGCUUUUUACACCAAAUUGAAGGAAGAAAAGGGUUCAGGAUUCGGGCCAUGUUUUAUAGUUGGGAUGCCUGGUUCAUUUUAUGGGAGGCUGUUCCCAACCAAGAGUAUGCACUUUGUGCACUCCUCUUCCAGCCUUCAUUGGCUCUCUCAGGUUCCACCUGGUUUGGACAGCAAGGCCACCACACACUUAAACAGGGGAAAGAUUUAUAUAUCAAAGACAAGCCCGCUUUGCGUUCUGGAAGCAUACUUGAUUCAAUUCCAGAAGGACUUCUCACUAUUUCUCAAGUCACGAUCGGAAGAGAUAGUUCCCAAAGGACGCAUGGUAUUGUCAUUCAUGGGUAGGAGAUCUCCAGAUCCCGCUGCAGAUGAGAGUUGCUACCAAUUUGAACUCUUAGCACGAGCACUAAUGAGCAUGGUCUCUGAGGGCCUUGUUGAAGAAGAGAAGGCUGAUUCUUUCAAUUUGCCCUACUACACACCGUCUCCUGAAGAAGUGGAGUUUGAGAUACAAAAAGAAGGGUCAUUCAUCCUCGACCGCCUCGAGACUUUUGAAAUUGAUUGGAUUAAUGGAAAUGAUGGGAAUAGCUCUGUGAGUGAAGGUGUGUAUCCCACAUCGGAAGCACUAUCGAGGGGACAUGGACACUCAAAGGGUAUUAGAGCUGUGGUGGAGUCCAUGCUGGAAUUCCACUUUGGAGGACAUAUAAUGGAUGAUCUAUUUACAAGGUAUGGCGACAUUGUGGAUGAACACUUGUCAAAGACUACACCCAAAUACAUCGUUUUGGUUAUUUCCCUUGUCAAAAAAGGUUAAUAUAUAUAUAUAUAUAUAUAUAUAUAUAUAUAUAUAUAUAUAAAGCAAGGCAAGUGCGACUUAUUUGAGAGAAUUCUGCAGACUUAAUUUAUUUUUCUUAAAUGAUUUUGUGAUGUUGGUGUAUCUGUUGGUAUUGGUUCUAGUAAUCAAGGGUUUUGGAAUUUAAGCCAAGAUGCUGUUUCCCCUUCUUUAU